ACACCACACCAGACACCAUGUCCGCUGCACUCCGCCUCCUCACCCGCGCGAGGCCAGCGCGCCUCGCCACCCGCGCCUUCUCCACAACCCCCCUCGCCCGCGCCGACCCCUUCCCCCUCCCCCUGUCGCGCGAGAUGAUCGAGGCGAACAAGCUGCGCAACCCGCAGGACGUCGUCGAGGAAUGGGGCAUGCCGACGCCCAUCGACCGCACGGGCGAGACGCCGCAGGCGCUCCGCGCGCGCCUGAUCUACCAGACGCGCAAGCGCGGCGUGCUCGAGGCCGACCUGCUGCUGAGCACGUUUGCGCGCGACCAGCUGCCGGGGAUGGAUGUGGCGCAGAUGCAGGAGUUUGACAAGUUCCUCGACGAGCCCGACUGGGACAUCUACUACUGGUGUGUCGACAAGAAGCCCGUGCCCGAGCGCUGGGCCAAGACGGAGCUCAUGGCCAAGCUGCGCAAGCACGCGCGCAACGACGAAAAGGUCUCGCGCCGCAUGCCCGAGCUCACCGAGGUGCUCAAGUAGGCGGCGUGUGGGGCGGCUUGUAUAUUAGGACAUGUACUGGUAUUUCUGGG